GCAAAAUUGAUGACAUUGGUUAUGGAAUGAAGAGGAUUGAAGAAACACUUUGCAAUAAGAAGGCAUUGAUUGUUCUUGAUGACGUGGAUAAGAGUGAACAAAUCAAGAAAUUGAUUGGAAGUUCUUUAUGUUCGGAAACUAGAAUAAUUAUCACAACAAGGAAUAGAAGUUUGCUGCAAAUUAGGGGAUUUAAGUAUGAAAUUCUACCUUACGAAAUGCGGGAAAUGAAUUCUAAGGAUGCGCUUCAGCUUUUCAGCCGGCAUGCAUUCUGUGGAGACUCACCACCAGAUGUUUACAACCACCUUUCAAAAGAAAUUGUCGGUGUAACUGGAGGACUUCCUUUGGCUCUUGAAGUUAUAGGCUCGUUACUUUAUCGUAAAGAGGAAGUAAUAUGGAUGGAGACAUUGGACAGGCUAAGAAGCAUACCAGAGGAGGAGGUCCAAAAGAAGUUGAAGAUAAGCUUUGAUGCCCUUGAUGAGUUUCAGCAGCAUAUUUUUCUCGAUAUUGCAUGCUUUUUUGUUGAUGAGGAUGUAACCGAUCCGAUUUACAUGUGGACCGCCUGUGGAUUUUUCCCACGACGUGGGAUAGAAGUCCUUAUCAAUAUGUCCUUGAUUAAGAUAGUAAAGAAGAAUAAGCUUUGGAUGCAUGAUCAGUUAAGAGAUCUUGGAAGGGAAAUUAUUCGUCAAGAAAGUCCGAUAGACCCUGAGAAGCGUAGCAGGUUAUGGAUCAGAGAGGAGAUACUCGACAUCAUAAGAUCAAAAGAGAGGAAGGGAAAAAUUCAAGGACUUGAUCUAAAUGGAAGGCAUACUCAGAUCUUACUUACAAAUGACGAGUUUGAAAGGUUUCCACAUUUAAGGUUCCUUAAAUUAUGCAAUGGAACCUUUGUUGGGGACUUUGCGAAUUGCGGUACAAAGUUAAGAUGGAUGUCAUGGGAUUCUCCUCCUCCAGAUUUUAGGGUGGUCAAUAUGUAUCUACAGAACAUAGUUGUUCUUAAACUUUCUACCAAUCGCUUCAAUGACUCAGAUGUAUGGAGCCUAAUCAAGAUGGCCUGCACAUUGAAAGUUCUAUCUCUUCAAGAUUGUCCUAACAUAACAAGAACUCCAAACGUCUCUGGAUGUUCUACUUUAGAGAGGUUGACUCUCCAGGAAUGCGAAAAUUUGAGGACAAUUGACUGCUCCAUUGGGAUGUUAAAGUGCUUGAUUGACUUGGAUAUUGACAGCUGCCCCUCUCUCGAAGAGUUGCCCGAUGAAAUUGGAGGGCUCGUGACUCUUAAGCGCUUCUCUUUAAAGCGCUGUUUAAAGGUUAGGAAGCUCCCCGAGUCUAUUGGUAAGCUUAGAUGCCUAUUAACUUUUGACAUUUCGGAUACCUCGAUUAAUGAACUUCCAAAUUCUGUUGGAGGGCUGCCGAAACUUGAGUUUCUGUCCAUGGCAUCGACAAAGAUAAAGGAACUCCCAAAAUCUAUUCUUAACUGGGCAUUAUUGCUUGAGUUGGAUUUGUCAUUUGCAAAAAUCAUUGAAUUACCUGAAUCAAUUGGAAAUCUAAAAAUGUUGAAAGUGAUACGGGUGGGUUAUAAUCCGAUAAAGAAGUUUCCUCAUGCUCUUGGAACAUUGAAGAAUCUUGAAGAGCUACAUGCCCCUGAUUGUAAAUUGGAAGGUGAAAUCCCUACCGAAAUUGGAGAGUUGUCAAUGUUGAGAAUCUUAGUUUUGAGGUAUAACGAAAGAGUGAUUCUGCCGAGGACCAUUGUCAUGCUUCCUGUCUUGCAAAUGCUGGACUUAAAUGUGUGCAGUGAGAUUCAAGGAUUGCCGGAGCUUCCCUCUAGUUUGACCUGUCUACUGCUGGAAUCCCGUUCUCUGCAAUUUGUCCCUGAUCUCUCAAACCUUACUAACUUAGUUACAUUGGUCCUAUCUGAUGGAUCUCUGGUUAGAGGCACAACAAGCUUAGCACAAACUUGUGACAUGCGAUGGUUAGGGAGUUUAUCCAAACUGACUGAAUUGAACUUAUGCCUGUUGAAUAUCCCCGCACCGCCUACAGAACUGGGCUCCCUUUCUUUUCUGGAAAAACUUACUAUGUAUGGACUAGACCUGCAAUCCCUCACAGAGCUUCCAUCAUCUCUGCUGUACUUGCGAGUCCAUAGUUUCAACUCAGCAGGGUUACCCAUCUCCAAGUUGAAAAACUUGUCAACUUUCAGACUCUCACGAUCAGAGAUGAAGGAAAUACAGCUCGAUGGGCUUCAUCAAUUGGCAAGAUUUAGUGUCGUUGACUGUGAACUCCUGGAGAGGUUAUCCUUUCCGUCAAACAUAAAUGAAAUUUCUGUUAUCAGUUGCCCAAAGUUAGUUGAAAUUCAUUUUCCAGGUGCUUUGGAUUCGCUUGAGAGAUUGGGUAUUGAGAGGUGUGAAUCUUUUGAAAGGUUAAGUUAUCUGCUGGAGCAACGAUGUGAUGAGCUGACAUUUUGUGGGGGGAGAUUGUCUCUUCUAUCGAGCACCUUUAAGAAGCUCAAAGAAUUCAGUGUUCUAGAGUGCCCAAAGCUUGUUGAGAUUCAAGUUGUGGGCAUUCUGGAAUUAUUGGAGAUAUUUUCUGUGGAUGGGUGCUUGGCUUUGGAAAGAGUAGGCGAUUUAUCAAACUUGAAGAACCUCAAGUCGUUAAGUAUGAGAGAGUGUGGUGCUCUUCAGGCUGUUGAGGGCCUCGAUCAAUUGGAGUGCUUGUGUCGAUUGCUUGUUGGUGAUUAUGGAUCAUUGGAAAGGUGGAUUGAUGUAUCGAGUGCGAAAAUACCAGAUGAGUGCGAGAUGUUAAUUUGGGAUUGCAGGGGUUCAUUAAGUGAGCUCUGUUCACGUAAAAUUGAGUGCUUCUCAUUCAAUCAUUACAGAGAGAGGAUUCUUCUUCGACCAAACCAGUCUGUUGUUUCCAACCAUAUGAACAAAUUAAGAAAGGAAACCCACGAUUCUGCUAAUACAGAGGAAGAAGUAACUAUAUAGCUAACAUAAAACCAGGGCAAUCACCGGCGUCAUUGCAGGGAAACUGCCCCACAAGUUUAACCCACCGGCCCAAGGCAAAACUCGGACCGUCCCAAUCGGAUUAGAGAGGGAGAGUCUCCAGUUGACAACUUAUUCUGCCACUCAUUUUUUUGUAACCUCAUUUGCAUACUGCUGAAUUUAGAGAACAUUUUGAGGGAGGUAGAAUCCUUGUGAAACAACAGCUCAUUCUUCCAAACGAAUAAGUGCUUGCUGACCAAUCUGAACAGAAAGUCCAAUUCAAAGUUGAUAAUAUUUUUGCCAUCUCCUUUGUCGGGUUUAGUUAAGACCACCGGUUAGGGUUUGAAGCAAAGAAGUGCUGAUAAACUAGCUUGACAUGGGGGCUUCUCACUGAAGAUUC